CUGGAAGCGUUUCUAUUGAAAAACAAACGACAACUUUUAUGUUUGUAAAACUUCCGAUUUCAUCAUAAUUGUAUGCUAAGUAAAAACGAUUAAUUUCUAACAGUAAGUUACUUAUAAUUCCGGAAAUAAUUACUAACCAUACUUUUUGCAAGUCUCUUCCAUUAUAAAAUUUCUAAAUAAAGUGAGAAUCAAGUAAUCAAAGCAUAUUAGUUUUCUUUUAAUGAAAUGUAUGAAAACUUUCGCAGCCCAUUGUAAGCAGUACACUUUUAAAGUUAAAUUAUACAUUUUUGAACAACAAUGGCUAAUGAAGAAGAAGAAAGAUAUGAGAAAACCAAAAAUUAUGUAAUUAAGCAAAUAGGUGAUAAGUAUGAUUUGGAAAAAUUGAAAAACUUUUUUAAAGGAGACAUAGAUUCACCAAGAACUUUUAAAAAAAUUGGAACAAUUAAAGAUUUAAUUGCUGUCUUAGAAGAGAGAGAUUGCUUAAACUAUCAGAAUCCUAUGCCCUUAUUUUAUAUUGGUAAAAUUUUAGAAAAUGAAGAAAUUAAAAACACAAUAAAACUUUAUAAACAAUUAUAUCUUAAAGGCCAGACCAUUGUAUGCCUUUGUGGUCAGGAAGUUGACUAUUGUCCUUCUUCUUCAUGUUUACAACCUGAAGGAAAUUGUUUUCAACCAAGUUCUUUGAGAAUUAAUUCUUCAAACAAUGAUCUGAUGGAUGCCAUAAACAAUGUAGCAGAACAAAUUAAUUUGAAAUUUUGGAGAGUUUUAUCUAGCCAGCUGAAAGUGGAAGAGGGUAUUAUUGAUGAAAUUAUUAAAACAUAUCCUAAAGAUCCAAAGAAGCAAGUUUUAGCAGCUAUGAAAUAUUGGAUGAUAAAUGAAAAAGAGAAUGCUACUGUUGAACAGCUCGAUAAAGCUUUGAAUGCCCGACUUUGUAAAAGGAUAGGCAUCGGAUCCCACCUUCGUAAGCCUGUACUGAAACUUUGUUUAUGAGAAAUGUUUAUUGUUUGUGGUUUACUUUUAUUGAUGAAUGAAUGACUUCUGUGUUAUUGAAACUCAAAAUUCUUAAUAAAAAACUUUGCUAAGUUA